AUGUCUGACGUCACCGAUCAAACUGCUGAGCAGUUGGAAAAGCUGAACAUCCAAGAACAGCAGCCCCAAUCGGGCGCUGAAUCGUCUUCUGCCGCUGCUGGCGGCGAAAAUGAGUCCAGCAAGGUGGAAUCCUCUUCUGCGUCUUUGUACGUGGGUGAACUGGAUCCAAGUGUCACAGAAGCCUUGCUGUACGACAUUUUCUCGCCAAUCGGAUCCGUUUCCUCGAUCCGUGUGUGUCGCGAUGCCAUCACUAAGACUUCUUUGGGAUACGCAUAUGUCAACUUCCACGACAGCGGUGCAGGUAGAAUUGCCAUUGAAAAGCUCAACUACCACCCUAUCAAGGGCAGACCUUGCCGUAUCAUGUGGUCCCAGCGUGAUCCUUCUCUCAGAAAGAAGGGUUCCGGUAACGUGUUUAUCAAGAACUUGCACCCUGCCAUCGACAACAAGGCCUUGCACGACACUUUCUCCGUCUUCGGUAACAUCUUGUCGUGCAAGAUCGCAACCGAUGAAACCGGAAAGUCCAGAAAAUUCGGUUUUGUCCAUUUCGAAGAGGAAGAGGCUGCUAAGGAAGCCAUUGACGCUAUCAACGGUAUGCUUCUAAACGGUAUCGAGGUGUACGUCGCCCCACACGUUUCCAAGAAGGACCGUCAAUCCAAAUUGGACGAAGUCAAGUCCAACUUCACCAACGUCUACGUCAAGAACGUGAACCCAGAGACCACUCAGGAAGAAUUUGAAAAAUUGUUCACUCAAUACGGUCCUGUCACUUCUGCCGUCUUGGAAACUGACUCCGAGGGCAAACUCAGAGGUUUCGGUUUCGUUAACUUCGAAGACCACACCGCUGCCCUCAAGGCUGUGGAAGAAUUGAACGACACCGACUUCAAGGGUGAAAAGCUAUACGUUGGCCGUGCCCAAAAGAAGUACGAGCGUUUGCAAGAAUUGAAGAAACAGUACGAGUCCUCCAGAUUGGAAAAGCUUGCUAAGUACCAAGGUGUCAACUUGUUCGUGAAGAACUUGGAUGACUCUGUCGACGACGAGAAAUUGCAAGAGGAGUUCGCACCUUUCGGUACCAUCACUUCUGUCAAGGUUAUGAGAGACGAUGCUGGCGCCUCCAAGGGUUUCGGUUUCGUUUGUUUCUCUGCUCCUGAAGAAGCCACCAAGGCUAUCACCGAAAAGAACCAGCAGAUUGUUGCUGGCAAACCUUUGUACGUCGCCAUUGCUCAAAGAAAGGAAGUCAGACGCUCCCAGUUGGCCCAACAGAUCCAGGCUAGAAACCAAAUGAGAUUUCAGCAGGCCACUGCCGCUGCCGCUGCUGCCGCUGGUAUGCCCGGUCAGUUCAUGCAGCCUAUGUUCUACGGUGUCAUGCCUCCAAGAGGUGUGCCUUUCAACGGUCCUAACCCACCUCAAAUGGGUGGCAUGGGCGGUAUGCCAAAGAAUGGCGUUCCACCACAGCAACUAGGUAGACCAGGUGCCCCAAUGUACGGUGUUCCACCUCAGGGUCCUCAAGGUGGAUUCCCAAGAAACGGUAACCAGUUCUUCCACCAGAAGCAGAGACAGGCUUUGGGUGAGCAGCUCUACAAGAGAGUUUCCGCCAAGACUCAAGACGAAGAAGCUGCCGGAAAGAUCACUGGUAUGAUCCUAGACCUACCUCCUCAAGAGGUUGUUCCUUUGCUCGAAAACGACGAACUUUUCGAACAGCACUUCAAGGAAGCAUUUGCUGCCUACGAUUCCUUCAAGAAGGACCAGGAUGCACAGGCUCAGUCUGAACCUGCCGCUGAAGCUCCUGCUGCCGCUGGUGCCGCCGCUGCUGAAGAGUAA